GGAGCGUCAGUUCAACACUGUCCGUCGGCUCGAGUUCGUCUCAACUUCGAGGACAACGAACGGGGAAGGGAACAUCAUCAUCAUCCCCAUCUUUAUAUUUUACCACGAAAGGUUCAUCCCCUUUUCAACAUAAUUUUCAACUGGAUUCUAUAUUUGAGAUUGAUUUCUCAAAAAGGGAAGGAACAUCAUUGACUAGGACAACACGUUUACUUUCUUCCAUUUCAACUUUUUAACAUCGAAAGAAUGUUCAUCGGUUCGUUGAUUUUAUUCGUCGCAUCGAUUGUCAUUUCGUUUGCUGAGGAUUCAUCGUUGAACGAUGCACUCUCUUUCAAACGUGCUCCAAUGGGUUUUCAAGGUAUGCGUGGUAAAAAAGAUCUUACAUCUAUUCAACACACUGAUUUUUCCAAGAGGGCACCAAUGGGCUUCCAGGGUAUGCGUGGGAAAAAGGAUUCAAUCGUAAACGAUGACAAUAUCUUGCAAGAACCAGAAGGAUUUGAAAAACGUGCACCCAUGGGAUUUCAAGGGAUGAGAGGAAAAAAAGAUUACCUAAUUCCCGAUUUUGAGGAUGUUUAUUAUCAAGAUAAUUAUGAAAAACGAGCACCUAUGGGAUUUCAAGGUAUGAGAGGGAAAAAAGCAAUAUCCGAAGAGGAAUAUUAUAAACGUGCACCAAUGGGAUUUCAAGGAAUGAGAGGAAAGAAAUCUCUUGAAGAAAUAUUGGAAGAGAUCGAGAAAAGAGCAUCAUCAAUGGGAUUUCAAGGUACAAGGGGUAAGCAAACCUACUUGUUCGACUAUCCUGAAGAAUACGAGAAACGUGCAAUGGCAAUGGGAUUUCAAGGUAUGCGUGGGAAGAAGAACGCAUAUUCAAUGGAAUGGGAAAAGAGAGCACCCAUGGGAUUUCAGGGUAUGAGAGGAAAAAAGUCACUUUACGAUGAAAUAAUCGAGGAAUUAGAAAAACGAGCUAUUAUGAGUUUCCAGGAUGAUCAAUUAAACGAGGAUUUAAAUGGCAAUUAUGUGGAUUACUUCUUUGAUCCAAUCGAUUAUGAGAAAAAUGAAGAAUCCAGGCGUUUUCAAGGUAUGAAGAAUAAAAAGGAUGGUAAUAAGCGAGUACCCUUGGGUUUUCAAAGUAUGAGAGGCAAACGUAACGUCGUACAACUUUAUGGAAUCAAUGGAAAAACAACGUCGACGGAAUUCCAAGGCGACACGAACGAUAGAAGAAACGGAUUAUCGUUGUACCAAUUUAAUAAACGAUCUCCCUACCGAUAUUUCGGAAUUCGCGGUAAGAAAAAUCCACGAUGGGAGAUACGGGGAAAGUUCGUAGGGGUGAGAGGAAAAAAAUGGUCGACAGCUCCGUACGAGAACAAUGGCAACCUCAAUAAUAACAUCUUUGAUAACAUCAAAAGGAUCGACGUGAAGACGGUUCCAACGGUGGCAUUAGAUAUACAGUAAUGGCAAAAAUUAUAAAAAAAAAAACCUUACUUACAGUCGUUACAGGCUGUCUUCUUUAAGUUAAACCAAUCUAUUCGAUAAAACGGCGAAUUACGGACAGGGUGAAGCUGAGCGUGAAGUGUAAUCCAUUGAUUUCAUUUCUAUGUAAUUAUCGUAGAGCUCAAAAUUUCAUUUGAUUACCGUAGUACUGUAAUAACUAGUCAAUAUAACAUAUACAUAUAUAUAUAUAUGAUAUAGAUGAUAAUUCGUACGU